AUGGGCCUACUUUCGCUAGGGGCAUUAGCCCUCACAGCAACCCUGCUGGUCCACCCUGCAGCGUCUCGAAGAAACUACAUUGACGACUGUCCUCGAGCAUGCAGUCUCAGCGACACUCCCUUUGACUGGAUCAACUAUCACAGAGUUGAGGGGCUGGCAGCCUGCAAACAGCCUAUGCUCCUUGACCUGUCCUUAUACAACGCCCUCAACAAGACAGACUCGUCAUGGACUAUGUUUGCUUGUACCCCUGAUGACACUGAUGCUGGUAACAAUAACGAGCGCCGUGCGGAGAGUCUCCAGUACGAGGAUACGGAUGUGUCUCUUGAGCUCGUUAGCUGGGGCGCGUCUACCAAGGCAGGCAAAGAUACCAAGGCGGUUAAGAGCAUCGUGAAGAGCAUGCAGACCUGGCUCGGCCGUUCUUCGAAACAAGACCAGCUCCAUGUCUUUGGACACUUUGGCAAAGUCACUGCCGGGCUCUACAUUGGACCACGGUUUAACCGGGCGAGAACCGCCGAGACGAUUGUGAACGGCUUGCUGGAUCAGCUUGGCAGCUCCUCUCCCCUAGUAGCUCUCCAGCACUGCGGUGAUAUCGGCGAAGACACCAUCGGAGUUGCAAUCUCCACGAACGGUGAUCUGAACAGUAUCCAGCGGUUACUCCGACAAUGGCGCGAGGGCGAGUGUCCAUCCGACCACGACUCGACCAAACCCGUCAAAGAUAUCUCCGUCGCAAAAGCACCAUCCACCAUCGCCAUCGCAAACGUACACGGCCGAGGCCCCAUCCUCCAGAACCGGGCAGAUACAUGCGAGACCAAACAGGUUGAGCUCGGCGAGGACUGUCCCAAGAUGGCCGUGAAAUGCGGCAUCUCGGGCGACGACUUUACCAAGUAUAACAGCUACGAUAAGGAUCUAUGCUCGAGUCUGCGCGCGGGCCAACACGUCUGCUGCACCAGCGGCGAUCUCCCUGAUUUCUCGCCUGAUCCGGCUGAGAAUGGGACGUGUUAUACGCACCGUGUCGAAACCGGGCAGGACUGUUCGUAUCUGGCGGCUUCGCAUAGUCUCACGAAUAAGCAGCUGGAGGAGUUUAAUGAGGAGACUUGGGGAUGGCGCGGGUGUGAGGAUCUCCAGGCUGGUUUGAAUAUCUGUCUCAGUAAGGGGGAUCCUCCAUUCCCCGCUCCUAUCCCUGGUGCGAUCUGUGGGCCGCAGGCUGAGAACGCUACCAUGCCGGAUGAUAGCUCUUCGGCUGAAUGGGCAUUGUUGAAUCCGUGUCCACUAAAUGCCUGCUGCAACUUGAACGGGUGGUGUGGGAUCAAUCCGGAGUUCUGCGAGUACAAGGAUGAAGGCAAUCCGGGAACGGGCGUGUGCAUCAGUAACUGUGGCACUUCGGUGGUGAAUGAUGAUAUACCUCCAGAUGAGUUUGCCAAUGUUGGAUAUUUUCUCGCGAGUAAUCUGGAGCGAGACUGUCUCAACAUGAACGCCUAUUCGAUCCGUGCGAACGAGUACACGCAUAUCCAGUUCGCGUUUGGGAAUAUCAAGGACGACUACUCUAUUGGACUCAUGGAGGGCGAUGAGGAGCAGUUUGACUAUUUUAAGGGAAUGACGUCCGUCAAAAGGGUUAUUUCCUUUGGUGGUUGGGACUUUAGUACAUUCCCGGAUACAUAUCACAUCUUCCGCAACGGCGUCAAGGAGGAGAAUAGAGAGGAGUUCGCAAAGAACGUCGUCGACUUCGUGGAGGAACAUGGUCUCGACGGCGUCGACUUCGACUGGGAGUACCCUGGCGCCCCUGAUAUUCCGGAUAUCCCAGCAGGCGAAGAGGAAGAAGGUGAGCGGUAUCUGGAAUUCCUAAAGGUCGUGCGUGAAAAGCUCCCAGAUGGAAAGAGUCUUUCUAUCGCUGCUCCUGCGUCGUUCUGGUAUCUGCAGGCAUUCCCUAUCGACAAGAUUGCUGAGCUCGUUGACUACAUCGUAUUCAUGACCUACGACCUCCGCGGGCAAUGGGACUACGACAAUAAUGACCCUCCGCUGGGAUGCCCGGAUGGAAACUGUCUCCGAUCCCAUGUCAAUUCUACAGAAACACAGUACGCCCUGGCAAUGAUCACCAAGGCACAGGUGCAGACCAAGAAACUCAUGGUUGGAGUGAGCAGCUACGGCCGCUCCUUCGAGAUGGCAGAGCCCGGAUGCACUGGCCCUACCUGCAAGUACACAGGGAACGGGGCCUCAAAGGGCCGCUGCACAGAUACCUCUGGAUACCUGGCAAAUGCCGAAAUCAACGAGAUCCUCAACAACAAUGACAACUCGGCCCACUCUUACGACGACAAGAGUGACUCGGAUAUCCUGGUCUACAACGGUAACCAGUGGGCCGCGUACAUGACGGACGAAACCCGUAAUAGGAGACUGGACAAGUACAGCGGAAUGAACAUGGGAGGAUCCGUUGAGUGGUCCAUCGACUUGCAAAAGUUCAUCCCAUCAAUGACGCCAGGGCCUGGCAUUUUCCUCCCCCUGCCUGAGGACAUGGAUAUCGAGGAGUUCUGUUCCGAGCCGAAUCUUGACGAGAUCUCAGAGGCAGAGGCCAGCUCGCAGCGGAAUAUCUCUGCGUAUUUUGACUACUUCUUUGACGUCCGACGGGGAGGCGAUACAUGUGCGUACCCUUAG